ACACUGAUACGCAUUCAAAAUGGUGAAAAGUCGAUAAUUUAUUGCCGUACUGAUUUGUCUAAACUAGAUUGUUAAAAAACCUUGUACAUUUAUCAUAAGACUAUAAAGUCUAUAGGUUUUAAUGUUUUUUUAUUAGUUUUAACUUGUUCGGAACGUUUUAUUGUUUAGUGUUUUAAAAAUGGAGGAGGAGGAAUCUUCGGAUAUGUGCCAGACUUGUCUUGUACGGGGCCGUUUCCUUUACCCGCUACGAAAAUUGACAUCAACGUUAAAUGAACUGGGAAUUCCUAUUAAGACAGAUGUGACCACCGGUGUGUGCUGGGAAUGCAAGACAUUUAUUAUGAAAAUAAAGAAAUUUAAACUGCAAGUUAUCAAAGCGCAGGACGCGUUGAUGGAAAUAGCAACGCAUAAGGAUUUUCAAUCAUUAAGCAGAUUAUCAUGUAACACUAAAUAUACGUAUGAUCUAGAAAUAUUACACACAGAUCCAUUAGAUGAUAUUAAAACUGAAAUAAACGAUAUUGAAGUAAAUAAAGAUGAAAAAAAUAGUUCAACAAAAAAGGUAACCAAAAAGGAAUUGUUCAACCAAAAAGGAGUUGAAUCACAAGUGAGGGGUAAAUACACAAAGAUAGUGUUUACGGAAGAGGAAAUGUUAAAGAAUAGAGAGGAAAAAAGAAAUCAACCUAAUUACAAAAAGAUAAUCUACAAAUGUGAUUCUUGUGUAUUGGGUUUUACAAGGAAGGAAAACUAUGAUUUACAUGUAGAGAAACGACAUGACGAGAAUAUCGGAAUAAACAUAUGCAAUAUAUGUGAAUCUCGUUUUACUAAUAUAAAAGCAUUGGACAAACAUCGUAAGAAGCAUUAUGUAGUGUAUAAAUGCAAACUCUGUGAUUAUGAGACAUUAGAACUAUGGUCUAUGGUCAAUCAUUCAAGAUUGAAACACAAUAAUGAUGCAGAAGGACAAAUACAUUGUAAGAAAUGCAGUUUUAUUGCGAGAAACCCAGAAGAGAUGUCUAAACAUGUACAAAGUCAACAUUUCUUACAAUGCAAAGAAUGUGGAGAUAAAUUUAAAGGCAAAAAUACAUUAAGAACACAUCAAAUACGUAUACAUGCAGUGAAACGUGAAUAUAAAUGUGAUAUAUGUGAAAAAUCGUUUAAAACUAAAUCUCGUUUGGAAUCUCAUAUUGUGACUCAUAAUAGUACAUUGGCUAGAAAACUGUCAUUUUGUACAACUUGUAAUGUGCAAUAUAAAAAUAUAUAUGUGUUCAGAAAUCAUUUGAAAAACAGUGCAAAUCAUUCGGAGAGAACAUAUGAGUGUAAGGAAUGUAAAAAGAAAUUCGCAUCAAAAGUAUAUUGGAGGAAACAUUGGGAGUUCUAUCAUUUACAAAAAUCACAAUUUAAAUGUGAAAUAUGCAAUAAGUUGUUUAUUUCUGAUUGGAGAUUGAAAAAUCACAGACAGACCCAACAUGGUGUAACAAGAAAUAGAAACCACACUUGUAAUAUAUGCGGAAAGAAAUUCUAUACUCAAUCAACUUUACGUGGUCAUCAAUUGACACAUUCUGAGGAACGGAGCUACAUGUGCGAGGACUGCGGGGACACGUUCAAACAACGACCGGCUCUCUACACGCACUCGCGGCUAGUGCACAAGAUGAGACCUGUCACAACGACCACAGUGUGACCAGAACUACCACGUGAUUACGACCACAGUGUCAUUACAAAGACCAUGGUGUGACCGGAACUAAAUUGUGACCAAGACCAUGGUGUGACAAGAACUACCGGAGUGUGAUCACAAGCAGUGUGAUUUCAACGACCAUGGUGUCACCAGAAUACCACAGUGUUAUUACAACAACCACAGUGACCAGAACAACCAUAUUGUGCUUACAUCAGCCAUAUUAUGACUACAGAAAAUACGCUAUAGGGUCUCAAAGUAACUCUGUGGAGUGUAGCUACCGCUACAUGUUACUAUUACCAACACAGUGUGACAA